GCUCUCUCACAGUGUGUGUAUGUGUGUGUGUGUGUUGUCAUUAUUAUCCACUCUGCUCCCAGCUCAGAAUGGCCAGAUUCACUCAGACUGAAACAAGAAGGCAGCAGCAUCCACAGCAGCAUCCCCAGCCGCCCCAGCCCACUCUCUCCUGCCUGGUUUACACCGGACCGGGGGCACCAGCGACCCAGCCGCCACCACCACUGCUCCCACAUCAGCACCAGUACCCCAAACCCAUGAACGGCUCAGAAUCCAUUUCCAUUCAUCCGGACAACGGCAACAUGAAAGACCAAGAUGCCAUUAAGCUGUUUAUCGGGCAGAUACCGCGGAACUUGGAGGAAAAAGACCUGAAGCCGCUGUUUGAACAGUUUGGGAAAAUCCACGAACUGACAGUUCUCAAGGACCGAUACACCGGCAUGCACAAAGGUUGUGCAUUUCUCACUUACUGCGCUCGGGAGUCGGCCAUCAAAGCCCAGAAUGCUCUCCAUGAACAGAAGACACUGCCAGGGAUGACUCGGCCCAUCCAGGUGAAACCCGCCGACAGCGAGAGCCGUGGAGAAGACAGGAAGUUGUUUGUGGGAAUGCUAAACAAACAGCAGACAGAGGAAGACGUCUACCGCCUCUUCGAACCCUAUGGAGUGAUCGAGGAGUGCACGGUCCUAAGAGGUCCUGAUGGAAACAGCAAAGGUUGUGCCUUUGUCAAGUUCUCCACACACACCGAGGCUCAGUCUGCAAUCAGUGCCCUCCACGGCAGCCAAACCAUGCCCGGCGCCUCCUCCAGCCUCGUGGUUAAGUUUGCCGACACAGAUAAGGAGCGCACCAUCAGACGCAUGCAGCAGAUGGUGGGGCAGUUCGGCAUCUUCAACCCCGCCAUCGCCCUUCCCUUCAGCACCUACAGCUCGUAUGCACAUGCGCUCAUGCAGCAGCAGGCAGCCAUCAUGGCAGCCAGCCACGGAGGUUACCUCACGCCCAGCGUGGCGUUCCCGGCCACACAGAUUCACCAGAUGGGGGCGCUUAACAUCAACAGCCUGCCACCCACCCCCAUGACCCCGGUGUCGGGUGAGUUUCAUCAAACCCUGGGCCUCAGUUCUCCACCCGCCAACAUCACCACCUCGGCUGUGCCCAGCAUCGUCACGCCCAUCGUCAACGGCUUCACGGGGAUCCCCCACCAGCCCAACGGACACCCAGCUGUGGAGACGGUCUACACUAACGGACUGCCCCCAUACUCCACCCAGAGCCCCACAGCCGCAGACACUCUGCAGCAGGCUUUCACUGGUGUACAGCAAUACACAGCCAUCUACCCAGCCACUACGCUGACUCCCAUUGGCCAGACACUGCCCCAGCCACCCCAGGUCAUCCAACAACAGCAGCAGAGAGAAGGUCCCGAGGGCUGUAACCUCUUCAUCUACCACCUGCCGCAGGAGUUUGGAGACAACGAGCUCAUGCAGAUGUUCCUGCCCUUCGGCACCGUCAUCUCCUCCAAGGUGUUCAUGGACCGUGCCACCAACCAGAGCAAGUGCUUUGGUUUUGUGAGCUUCGACAACCCUGCUAGUGCACAGGCAGCUAUUCAAGCUAUGAACGGUUUUCAGAUUGGGAUGAAGCGAUUGAAAGUCCAGCUAAAGAGACCGAAGGAUGCCAGCCGCCCUUACUGACACAGCCUACCUUCUGUAUUCACCGCAGCAGCACAGGUUUUAGAGGACACAUGCAGAUACGAAGAGGAGUUCAACUUUUUUCUUUGAAAGCAAAAUACAUUAUAAAAAAUCAACACAUAUGGAUUUUUGAAGACAUAUCAGCAUUUACUUACUAUGAAGCUAUAGGUUCUGGCAAAGAAAAGAAGAUGUGAACAAGAAGACAUGCACUUCACGCAGCAGUGACAGACGGCACAGUGCAAGAAAGACAAGAGAAAGUUUAAAAAAAUGAACUUUGGGACAGGACCGUUCAACAGAACUUUUCUUGUUGAGACUUGAAUUGUUAAUUAAGCAACAAACUAACAAACAAAAAAGCAGCAACAACAAAUAGAUUUCUAUAUACAUAUUAUAUUCACAUAUAUUAUUGGAAAGAGGCGCUUGUGGCUUUUUCUGAACUGGACAAAUGAGGGUUCAAACUUGAAGAUCAAGACGAACAGUGGAGGCGGUUGACGACGUCCACUGACAGACUUUUCUUUCCCUCUCUUCUCCUCUCUCACUGUCUCAGCAAGCGCAGGACUACGACUCGCCCAGGUCACCGAGGUCACCGAGGUUUCCAAUAGCAACCGUAGGACUGCAAAUCUCUCACCCCUAAGGGACCAAAGGACCAAACAUUUUUAUUGUUCUCAACAGUAACAUAUAGUAUUAAUGCUACUAAUACUACAACUACUACUAAUAAUAUUACAAGUUAAACUUAAGAAAAAUACUAGCUUCAGGUUGAAUAAAAAGAGGAAAGGGAUUUUCUUUGACAUUUAUAGCUACUGGGUUUGAGAAUAUUAAAACAUACAGAAAAUGUAUAAAAAAAUAAAGUUAUACUAUUUUAGUGGCGUAGAAUAUGUGGGUUAGACAUUGUAUGGGGCAUGUUCAGAUAUGUUCUCUCAGCUCACCUCCAUCUCAUGUUCCUGUGUCCGCAGAAUCAUAGUGCCAAAUGUGACACAGAAGCAGGCCGCUGGAGUGACCACACUGUAUGCAGCUUUGUGCAACUCAACACAUUACAGUUUAAGCAGCAGGCUCAUCACAUGUUGUCAUUAACUAUUCACUCUUUCAUAUAAUCUGACCAUAAAGCACUGUGCUUCAAGUGCCAAGCGGCUGGCUGGAUGCGGCGCAGUAAAACACAGCAGCAUGUGUGCGUGCUAAUAAAGGACACAGGAGGCUUGGCUGUGUGACAGUAGGAUCCAGCAGGUCGCCCCCUCCGCUGCUCCCCUGCUCCCCUGCUCCAUCCUCACCCCAGUGCCAGCAUCUCCUCUGAAGGAACAGGGACCAUCUACAGGGGACUGAGCACUAACUCACUGCAUAAUUAGGAUAAUGAUGAUAUUGAUCAGAUGGGGGACAGCACCGUGGGGCAAGAGAUGCACAAUCAAUUACACAUUGGCAUUUUGAAUGAAUUGACUGAGUGACAGAGUUCAUCUUUCUCUCUGUGGGGAAAAAGUCUUAGUUGUCUGUCUUUUCCCUUCCCCAUCUGCCUCUCUGGAGGCAGACAUAUCUGACUACCCCAAGGCGCCUCACUGUACUUCAUUAACAUGAAAACCAAGAGUGUAAACGCCAGUGACAGAACGUGUAUAUAGUUUAGAUUAUGAGUUCUUCAGUGAAGAGCAGCUGUAUUUUUUCCAAAGGGUAUAAUAGCACAGUAAGAGCUUGUACAGCGUAAGGAACAGCCUUAGGAGGUCAAAUUAAGAGCAAAAUGAUCCAUCAAUUAGACAGCAGCAGGCCUAAAGUAGAGCUGCUACAGCUGCUGCCUCACCAUUAGCGCGCAGCUCUUUACAGUGUGGUCACCACACAUGGCCCUAUCAGGUGGGAUUCAUUAACUAACACGUACACACCUCUCGCUUAUCAUUCCAUAUAGAUCUAUAUACUAUGAGCUUUCCUCCAUACAUGUAUUACCUCUGUUAGCUGUUGUGCAGGCGCUCCCCUCAGGACUAUGGCCCUUCAGACACAUCAGCGCUUCACUCUGCGUUGUACUGUGCUCUGAGACUCAAAACUUCACCAGAGUGUUACUGCAGUAACUGUCUCAUGACUAGUCUGAUCUAUUCACCUGAUGCACUCCAGGCAGUGCCUGAGCUGAGCUAUUGCCUUUAGAUUUGAUUAUGAAUUGCCAAAUUAUUAGCAUGUUCACAUGACUUAAAAUGCGUGCCACAUUCCUUGAGCUCCAGAGAAUUACACAUUCCUGAUUGGGACAUAUUUCUGCUUUAGUCUCAUAGUAAAAUAUUUCGAGAUAUAAGAUGUAGUGUGGGCCGGUGCAGUGCCAGCAGACAGCCUGCUCCCCUCACGAUCCUGAUAUACAGCCUCUUUUCCUGGGGCCAUACGGGCCUUCAAACCCACUCACUACCUGCCGCACGGGACGCCUACUGGAGACUCCACUAAAUUAUUCAGCUCAAAUGAAAUGUGGCCUUCACAACAGUUCGGGUAAUGCAAAUUAAAGACGCCAGCUGUGGCUAGAAUUUAAUGAGUUUGUGGAACUCGGCACAGAAAAAAACUUUGAUUGAAUGCAAUAGUGAAUACUGGAUAAAGUUGUGAGGUGUGGUGGUACACUGGCCUUUGUAUACUGUACAUACUCACUGCCCAAAUGGAUUUAUGGACAUAUAUGAUGAGAAUGAAGUUUUUAAAAUGGAAAAUGGCAGUAAAUACUAGUCAUUAGCUGCAUGUUCUCAAUCUAAAACUUUUGACAUUUUAUCCACUCUUGCAUCAUUUUAUUCUUUUAGACUAAUGUCAACUUUUACCAUGGUGCCCUUUUCAAUCUCUGAGCAUGCUCAACUGGGGCUAGGAGGGUUAAAGGUACUACUCUUAUUAAUGAUGAUUCUUUAACUAUGGUUUGAAUGCUAAGGAUAGUAGCUUAUUAUAAAUAUGAGAUCUGUAUAUUAUGGAGAAUCAGCACAGGAGCUUUGUGGGGGACAGAUAGGUUAGAGUUUGACUUGGGGGGUGGGAGGGGGGGCCUUUGCUUUAUAUGAGGAUGUUAAAUUUCUGGUUUCUCAGCACAAAGCAAACAAAACAUAUAAGCGCUGGGAGUGCUCCCGGCGUGCAGGGCGCAAGAGAAAUCUCAGUACUAUUUUAUCUUUUAACCCCAAGAGAAAAUGCUGUUUACAAGUUGUUUUCCUUUCUUGGUUAGUUACUUUUAAAAGAGAGCGCCACCUACUUAUGUGGCAGUGUCAGUACAGCAUGGAUUCGCUGACAUGGGAAGCAGUAUCUUUUUAUAGAAAAGAAAUUGUUGAGAGACUCUUGUGUUCUGUUUUAGUCUGAGAAACCAAACUUUAUUUCUCCUGUUAAAAUUAUACUUAAACUUGCUGCUUAUA